ACACCGAUAAAAAUGCGCGGUGUUGUUUGUGGUGAAUCAUUGUUCAAGUGAAUAUUGUGAAGUGAUGGAUCAUUAGAACCUAUUCAAAAAUCAUCAAAAUGGAUUACACAACAGGAACUACGUCGACAAUGAAUAAUAUGAGACCAAUUUUCGGCGCAUACGCCUUUCAAGGGCAAGGACGCGUCAAUCAGCUCGGAGGCCUGUUCAUCAACGGCCGGCCGCUGCCCAACCACAUUCGGCUGAAGAUCGUGGAGAUGGCGGCGGCGGGCGUGAGGCCCUGUGUCAUCUCGCGCCAGCUGCGCGUCUCGCACGGAUGCGUCUCCAAGAUUCUCAACAGGUAUCAGGAGACCGGGUCCAUAAGGCCUGGCGUGAUUGGGGGCUCCAAACCGCGCGUCGCCACUCCUGAGGUAGAGGCGAGAAUUGAGGAGCUCAAGCGUCAGAAUCCGGGGAUAUUCUCCUGGGAGAUCCGGGAGAAAUUGAUAAAGGAAGGCGUGUCGGACCCGCCCAGCAUCUCGUCCAUCUCGCGGCUGCUGCGCGGAGGCGCGCGUGACCCUGACGGGAAGAAGGACUACAGCAUUGACGGCAUCCUCGGAGGUCGCGGCUCCGACUCAUCAGAUAUUGAAUCCGAGCCAGGACUGACGCUGAAGCGAAAGCAACGGCGCUCUCGGACGACGUUCACGGGUGAACAGCUGGACGCCUUAGAACGAGCCUUCCACCGCACGCAGUACCCGGACGUGUACACGCGGGAGGAGCUGGCACAGCAGACAGGCCUCACUGAGGCUAGAAUACAGGUAUGGUUCUCAAACCGCCGAGCACGACUGCGGAAACACACCGGCUCCAACACUGCUCCAAGUUUAACCGGCUACUCGACACUACCCAUGCCGCAGAUCCCCUGCCCGUACCCUGCCGGCGACAUACCCAGUCUCUCGCAGCACCACCCUCAGCAUCCCGACGCCUGGCAUCACCAGAAAUACGCCAACUACAACCAACUAAUGGCGCAAUCCCAACAUUUGAACCAAGCAUUCCAAAGUGCCGCGUUUCCUAGCACUUCCGGGGCCACGUUCAGCCACUUAGUUGGCGGCACUAAUGGAUCACCGCAUAGUCAAAUACUAGAUCCAGGAGUACCAAGAAAUGACUACGCAAGAUACGACGUGUACAAUAAGCCUGUUAAUUAUUUACCCAAAGACGAUGAUGAUAAAGUAGCUAGUGAUGAAAUAAUCGAGCCUAGAGAAGAUGGCUUCGUCAAACCGACUGAGGAGUAUAGCAAAGCGUUGCCGCCGAGCGACUAUAAAGUACCUGCUGAUUAUUCGAAGGUGCCCGACGGCCCCGCGCCGACUUCUAAUUGGAGUCCGUCACACAACUCCUUGAAUAUGAGCCUGGCGGGGCUCUCCGGCGAAUACAAGUACAUGAACGAACCGUACGCCUUCCCGAACAUCCCGGAUCCUCUUACCCAGCACAACUACUCCAAUCCUACCAAUGCAGCAAACAAGUAUUGGAUUUGACAAAGUAUUUUAAGCAUUUAUAAAGCUAGAUUGUUAAUUUUAUUUAAUUUAUGUGUAAAAAUUAAGUUUAGGUAUAAAUCAAUUGUGAGAAUUUACCUCUAUUGUGCAUUCCUAAUUUAGUAAAUUAUCCUAAUACCAAACAUUUGUACAUAAAUAGUUAAAUAAUGAAGUCAUAAAAAAUAUAAAAAUAAUUAUAAUAUGUUGUCUUUCAUUUUACUUUUAUACA